ACCCCCUGCCCCACCUCGGGGCAAUUAUAGAAACAGGAAAGACUCACUCUCACACCUGUCAGCGGCGAAUCUCUCUCUCUGAUCACUUGGGUUUCAGUGGGGGAACAGGAGCCAUGGAGCCAAGACUUGGAUGAGCAGACUGGAUCCCCUGGACCACGGGUCAGAAGAUGUAAAGGAUUUGGAAAUGUUUCGGCACUAUGGAGAGCCCUUGUUGUAUUGUCUCCUGCUUCUUGCCCUUGUAAAGGGGACAUGGUCCCAGAACCCAUGCCAAGUGGAUCAUGAGCAAAAAUAUGCCAACUGCCAGGGGCUGAAUCUCAAUGAAGUCCCUGAGGACCUUCCCAUCACGCUAGAGGAAUUGGAUCUGUCCUGCAAUUGGCUUUAUCAAAUCAAAUUUGAUGACUUUUCCUCUUACACCAACUUACGAGCCUUAAAUUUGAGUUUCAACAAUAUUUCCACCAUAGAGAAUGACUCUUUUGCCUUGAAUACUCUUCUGAGGAACCUGACCCUGUUUAAUAAUAGCCUAACAGAAGUGCCUUCAGUCUUGCUUGAACCUCUUCUGCUCUUGGAGUCCCUUGAUCUGUCCAACAAUUUGUACAACUACUCUACUCUCGGGAAAGUGUUUAAAACCUUGGUGAAUCUACAAAGUUUAUCUAUUGGUGGCCCAUUUGUAAGCAAGGUUCUGAAAGGUGACUUUGUCCCUAUAAAGAACAUUAGUCUCCAAACAUUUUCACUGAAGACUAAAUGUAGCCUUGUGCUCUAUCAGUCUGGGGCUUUUUCCGUCCUUAACACUAACAUUUUAACGUUGGAUAUUGCCCUUGAUACAAACGCAAAGGCAUUGCUAUUGAUUCUAAAGGACCUGGCAGGAAAAUCAUUGGACAGAAUCAGUUUUUGGAACUUAUUUGAAUAUACCUAUUACGCAGGACCUACUAAUCUAUUCUCUGGCCUUCCAGACAUUAAUAUUAGGGAGUUGGUCUUUUAUGGAGGAAAAGUGAAUGAGAAACUUUUGCAGCUGAUCUUGGAAAGCAUUCAGACCUCUAGUAUCCAAAACCUCCUGCUUCUCUCCAUUGACUUUGAUUAUACUCUAGAUCGUAGCAAAGUCGAUGUCAAAAUGGAUAAUCUUUUUCUGAAGAACCUGGUCAUCAAAGACGUAAAGAACCCUGAUAUCUUGACAUUUGAUCGGACUUUCACUUGGUUCGGUAGAGUGCGCAACCUCUACAUCAUCAACGUUAACUUCAAUUUUGUGCAGUGCGACGCCUGGAGUCAGAUGGAAAAUGUAGAGAGACUGGACAUAUCCAACAACCUUCUCCUGGGCUCCUACCUUUACAAUCCAUUGUGCAAAUACAGCGAAUUACCCAAACUCCGCACAUUCACAGCCAAAAACAACAACCUCCAAAGCCUUAAACCGAUUUCUUUGUUGACAGCGAGCUGGCCCAAGUUGGCCACUCUUGACCUUUCGUCUAAUUACUUAGGUUCUCAGUAUGAAGACUGCAGGUGGACUCCUAAUAUCACCACUCUUAUUUUAAAGUACAACAUUCUGUCGGUAGGGGUGUUCACCUGUUUGCCCACUACGGUUCAAUACCUAGAUCUGUCUUACUCGCACCUUGAAUGGCUAAAUAUGGAUUAUUUCAACAAUGCCACAAACCUUAAAAAACUGAUUCUCAGCUACAAUAAACUCACCUUGAUAUCCAGCGACUGGAGAAAUCCUCAUCUUCAGGUUCUGUCCCUAGAUGGCAACAUCUUUAGUGUUAUUGAUAAGGGGUCUUUUAAUAAUUUGCCCCAGCUCAGAACCUUAACUGCAGGAGAUAAUCCUUAUCAUUGCACCUGUGACCUUUAUGCCUUCUUCUCAGACAUCCUAUCGAAUAGCAAGGUCUCCCUUGCUGAUUGGCCACAGGCCUAUUAUUGCUAUCACCCUCAGCAACUUAGGGGCACCAGAGUGAAUUCUUACACUCCUGGAUCAGUAGAGUGUGACGUGAGAUUACUGGUGGCUAUAACGGUGUCAACAACGGCUGUGGUGGUCAUAUUCUGCAUGAUAUUGUGCUGGAGGUUUGAUGCACCUUGGUACUUUCGGAUGACGUGCCACAUUGUCAAGUCAAAAUACCGUUCCAGAAAAGCCAAUGAUGGCAAAGAAUAUCUUUAUCACGCCUUUGUCUCCUACUGCCACUCAGAUGCCGACUGGGUGAGAGGGGAGCUGCUUUAUCGGCUGGAGAGCUGCAGCCCCCCGUACCGAGUCUGCAUUCAUGAGAGAGACUUCCUUCCAGGGAGAUGGAUCAUUGACAACAUCAUCGACAACAUCGAGAACAGUCGCAAAACCAUCUUUGUUCUCUCCCACAACUUCGUCAAUAGCGAGUGGUGCAAUUAUGAACUGUACUUUGCCCACCAGAGGGCCAUUAGCCACUCAUUUGAGGACGUCAUCUUGGUGGUCAAGGAGAACGUCACUCUGAAGGACCUUCCAAAAAGGUUUUACAAGCUCAGGAAAAUGCUGAGAAAGAAGACCUACCUUGAAUGGCCUUCAGAGCUGAGCAAGCAGCAUUUCUUUUGGAUACAGUUGAAGAACAUUUUAGGCAGUCCUUCCAAUGGAGGCCAGGAAGGUUUGUCUGUGGUGGAUGAAACUGUUGCACCAGAACCAUGUCCCGUCUCAGAGAUCCCACCUAUAAUAUACAGCAAAAUGAAUCUGCCGGGCAGCUGACUGCCUCAUAAUGGAUUUGUACUUGUAUUUGUUAUGUUUCCUGGGAUAUAGUCUUCAGACUGACUACUGGGACCUUCUCAGUCUACUGAGAAUUUUAGUCUCUUAUCUUACCAAAGCCUCGGCACUAGUUUCCUUCAUUCAAUAAUUGUGUUAUUUAGGAUUUACUUGUGUCCAAUCUGUUCCACCACCUCCAGCCUCAUGCUCAGUGUACCAGAAUAAUAUUUUCAUCAUUCUCAUUGGGUUCAUUAUGUGUAACUGUUAUUGCAUCUGUCUAUAACUGACUCUCUGCCCUGCUGGUUCUGACUCCUGAAACUAUGUAACUCUAAGCAACUUCUCAUUGUGUCUGUCCCUUUCUCUGCACUGCUGCCUCUGACUCCUGAUACAACUUCCCAAUAUCCAUUCAUUCCUCAUUCUCAC